AUGGACAAGCUGCACGAGACGUUGGUCAGCAUGGAAGAUGCUUUGGGUUCGGAGCAUUCCAUCUCCUUGUCCUCCUGGGACUGGAAAAGCCCUGCCGGGCCUUUCGAGCUUCACCCCGUCGCCUCUCCUCAGAGCUUAUCCCCGACUCCCUCCUUCGAAUCCUACACCUCGUCCCCCUGCCCAGCGGCGGCCGAGACCCCCUACGGCAGCGGGGGUGGCAGCCUGGUGGGAUACAGCCUGGUGGAUUUCCCCCCAGCCUACCUGCCCAACCCCGGGCAGGCGCGUCUGCCCAAGGGCACCAAGGUGAGGAUGUCAGCCCAGCGCAGGAGGAAGGCCAGCGAGAGGGAGAAGCUGAGGAUGAGGACCCUGGCCGACGCUCUCCACACGCUGCGCAACUACCUGCCCCCCGUCUACAGCCAGAGGGGACAGCCCCUCACCAAAAUACAGACCCUGAAGUACACCAUCAAGUACAUCAGCGAACUGACCGAGCUCCUCAACAGCGUCAAGAGGGCCUAG